AACAGUCUGUUGUUGUUUUCUCUUGAUGAACUGUGAUUGCAGCGAAAUCAAAGUCUUUUCCUUCAUAAAUUUACCUGCAUUUAAAAAUUUAUAUACUUUCUUUCCGUAUGGAACUCAGAAGAGAAAAUAUCUGCACUCAUGUCACUGCUUUGAAAGUAUUUGCAAACAUUUUAUUUGUGGGGGAAGGCAACCAAGUAUCUGUGUUUAAUUGGAAAACAAAAGCAUUGUUGAAGAAAAUAAUUGUUUUUAGAGCUUCUUUUAUUCAUGGGAUCAAAAUAGGUAAUGCUGACAAAGCUUUGCUGUUUGGGGGAAAAAGUUUUAGAGUUUAUACACUUUGUUUCAAUCUCGAAUGUGAUACCAGGUGGGUUAUUACAAAAAUUUUACAGCCACUAGAUCUCACCAUCAUAAGAAUCUUCAAGCACAAAUUACAAAAGCAGUGGGAGGAAUGGAUAAGAAGUGGACCCCAUUCCUUUACAAAAUCUGGACGGAUGAGAACAGAUUCAUAUGAGAAAAUUGCCUUGUGGGUCGAUAAAGCUUGGCAAUCAGUUUGA